GUAGGUUGGAGUGACAUGAUUCUCAAGUUUAAAGCCUCUGUCAUUGAUAAAUGUAAGUUUGUGAUCGAGUUUAAUUCUGAUGAAUGUGUGGAGCUGGCAGGCCGUUACACUGAACCAGUGAUCAUUCAGAAGUGCAAAGAACAGAAUGAGAAAUACAGUAUUGUAUGGGUGAAGUGUGUACACACUUUUGGACUAAAGCCAUCAUCUCAUCUGUUAUCAAAUGACAAGAAUCACAGCAUCAGAAUAAACCAGCUCUUCAGUCCUGACUGUGAUGGAAACACACCAAAAACUGUGCUUCUCAGUGGAGAUUCUGGAAGAGGGAAAUCCUUCACGCUACAGAAGAUCAUGUUGGACUGGGCAUCUGGAGAACUUUACUCUGAAAACUUUGAUGUAGUUUUUCUGUUGAAGUUUGAUGAGGUGAAGUGUCUUUCCCAUCAGAUGAGCUUGAAUGAGCUGUUGAGCUGGAGUUGCAGUUUAACAUCAGAUCAGAUCUCACAGAUACUGGAGUUAACUCCAGAAAAAGUCCUCAUCCUCAUUGAUGGAAUUGAUGAGUAUGUAUCUCAUCCACCCAGUCAUUCAAUGUUAGUACUCACAAAUCCUUCCGAUAGAGCCCAACCUAUGGACAUUUUUAGGAAUGUGUUAAAGGGAAUCUUGCUGCCUGAGUCAUUCAUGCUUGUCACCACCAUAUCUCUAGCUGCUGAUGCAGAGAUAAAUCUCCUCAAGGGUCCUCAGCGUUUCACUGAGAUUGUGGGCUUCUCUGAGAGAGGGGUGCAGGAGUACUUCCAGAAGUUCUUUCAGGAUGAGCAGCUCUUCAGGAAAACAUAUGAGAGAGUGAAGAUAAAUGAAAGCCUCCUGACUGCCUGCUCUGUGCCUUUGCUGUGUUGGAUGGUCUGUUUUUGACUGAAGAAACACUUUACAGAUGAUGAUCAUGUGAUGAGAAAACUAAAGACAACCACCUCCAUAUAUGUGCACUUUGUGUCCACUCUACUGGAGCAUCAUGACCAGAGUCAGUCUGUCCUCACCAUGCUGAGGAGUCUGGGUCAGCGGGCAGAGGAAGGGGUGAAGAAGCAGCAGGUCUUUUUUGAUGAAAAGAGUGUAGCCAAGAUUGACUUAAAUCCUGCUACUAAUGUGUUCUUGUAUAAAGGUAGUUUAAAAAUAAAAGACAAACAGGAGCCAGUAUUUAGGUUUAUGCAUCUCAGCUUUCAGGAGUUUUUCACUGCUCUUUAUUAUGUUUUACUGGAUAAAGAAGAGUCCUGGGGUAAAGUCACAGAGCUGUUGAACUCCAUGAAAUUGAAGGGUAUAAUCAAUAGGCCUUCUCCAGAAAGAAGAUCAAAUCCCAUCCCUUCAGUCGUGAUGUUUCUCUGUGGUCUCUUAAAUGAGAAGGCGAGCAGCUCACUCUUUGAAAUGAUCAAGUGGACUGUUCCUCAAAUCAUAAAACUAAAGACAAACCUGCAGGAAAGUCUUCUUACAGUGAGAAGUCAGCAUGGAUGUGAACUGUUCGCUCUGCGUUGUCUGUAUGAGCUCCAGGAUGAGAAAGUUGUGAGGAGAGCUUUAGGAGACUGGGUAUCCAUGAAUCUGUCUAACAUUUCUCUGAGGAGCACAGACUGUUGGGUGCUGCUGUACUGUCUUCAGUGCUGUCCACACAUUAGAGACCUGAACCUCAUGGACUGUGAUUUAACAGCUGAGAAACUCAAGAUUCUUCAGCCAGCACUCUGUAUGUGUGAGACUAUGAGCUUGUCAGUGGAGCACCUGUUAGAAGCUGGAGAUUUGAUCCGAAGUCUUGGUGAAUCAAAAAUCUUGAGAGAGCUGAACGUUCAAGAGGAUAGAUUCAGUGCUGAGAGUACCAGAUGUUCACUCUACCUGGUUUUCCAUCAUGGAGAUGUCUUGUUGUCUUUAAGCUCAUUUCCUGCAUUCUUAAACAUCAGUCUUACAUGUCCACGAUCAGCGAUAUCCAGCACUGACUGGACAAUCUUCUUACAGAGACUCAGCAAGACAGGAAAAGUAGCAGACGAUUCUUCAGCUCUUGAUGAGCAUGUCAGUUUGCUGCUGUCUUCAUUUCACUCUGUGGGUUUGAAGACGUUGGAUCUGAAGCUGGUCAUUCUGAAUAAGAGCUGGGCUUCUGGGAUCAUUUCUCUCAUCCAGACCUGCACCAGUCUACAGCAGCUCAAUGUCACUGGAUGGCUUUUGGAGGAGGGGCUCAUGCUACUGAAGAAAUCACUGACGGAUCCACACUGCACUGUGAUCAUUAAAGGGAGGAAGUGUAGUAAAUCCACUGACCAGUGCAAAGAACAGGACUGGAGUCACAGCUGUAAUAAGAACGUGGAGAUUCACUUCAUACCAAAGGGUUUGAAAAAGAUGAAAGAGUUGAACAUCUCUGACUCUGAACCGUCUGGACUGAAUCUUCAGCCGCUCCCAGUGUGUCAGUUUUGUGUUCACAUUGGUGAUUCUGAUCAGUGGGUUCAGGUGGAGCCGUCAGUCUGUACAGAUGAAGGAGGGUCAGAGUUCAGGAUCAGCACUCCGGCGGGUCGAUUCGAGUGCAGCAGGACCAGAAUGCGAUGGGUAUGUGCUGGUGAUGUCACUCUCCAGUACCGUGCAGUGGAUGGAGGUUUCCUCAGUGAAGAGCUGGAGAGGCUUCAGUGUGAGCGAAUUGGUCCUGUGAUUGAUGUGACAGUGAUCUCAGGGAAACUGGAGGAGGCUCAUCUGCCUCAUUACGCCUGUUUAGCAGAGUCAGACCCCUCUCUCAGACAAAGUGUAAAGGUCCUCAAUGUUGAAGAUGAGGGAAUAUCCUUGGAAUCAGUGGAGUUGACUCGUAUUCAUGGUAAAGUACUUCAACCAUCUUUUUCUCCUAAAACAGUGCUUAUGAAACUAGGGAUAGCAGUGAAAGUGCACUGUGAUCUACUGAUCUUCAUGACACACAAAGAUCCCAUCAUUCUACAUGUGUAUUUUUUACCAAUAGAUUCACUUUUUGAAGAAAAAAUUAAAAUAGUGGAAAAAUCGAGGCAUCAAAUCAAUCUUUCAAGACCUGAAACCCCAUUACAGAUGAAUAAAAACAGUCUUGAGGUUCCUGGUGCUUCUGUCCAACCCAAAGCGAUCAAACUAAGAGGAGACAUCAAGCCAAACUUCUUUGAGGUCAUGCAUCCUGUGGUCGAUGACAUCAAUAUGACUCUUACCCGAGUGGAUGAUCAGAAAUCAGUAUGGACCUCAAAAAUUUGCAAAGCUUUGUUUGGAUCCAUGCUGCUUAAUUCGGAAUUAAAUUUGUUUCCACAAGUGGCUGUCAACUUUGAUAAAGUUCAGUUUUUUGAUAGAAACUGGCAUGCUUUUAUUAAAAGUGUUAAGAAUGUGAAUAACAUCGCAGACAACCUGCUUCAGAAGCAAAUCAUUCAUGAAGAAUUAUAUUCUGAAAUCACACAUCCAGCUUCAACCAGUGAAGCCAGCAUGAGGAAGAUCUGCAGCAUAGUGCGUAAAGGUAGUGACACGGUGAAAGAAAUGUUCAUCUCCAUUCUUCUGGAAGAAGAUCCCGACCUUUUAAAUCAUCUGCCUUUACCUAACUCAAACUUUUUUGCUCGAUGAUUCAACAUUGUAUUUAACAUGAUUUGGGA